AUUGUAAUGAGUGAAUAAAGAACUGUCACAGAAGCAAGUCAGGAUGAAGAAGAAUAGAACAAAAAGAAAUUUAUCUAUUAAACUGAAAAACUCAAACUCCUUUUAUAAGUACCAAUCGAAUAAAGAACUCAACCUAUUUGUAAGGAUAUUGCUGAGAUUGCCUAAGUAAAUAGUCUAUAAAUUAUAACUACUUUAGUAAAUUAAAUUCCUUUCCUCAUAUAAAUAAAAACCUGACUUCUUAGAAUUAUGUAAAAAUCUUUAUCUAAAAACAUAUGAAAAACGAUAGUAUAUCUUUAAGCAAGGGGAUUAGGGAGAUGCAUUUUAUGUUAUACUAAAUGGAAGUGUUAAGGUUUACAUAGAUGAACCAACAGAAUUUAAGAAUUUUAUGCAACUUGUAAGAUAGAUUAUUUUAUUUAGAAAGAAAUUGCUUAAUUGGGUAAAGGUGAUGCUUUUGGAGAAAUAUCAUUGCUUUAUAAUUCAAAAAGAACAGCUACUGUCAUUUCUAAUGAGAGAAGUGAUUUAAUUGUUUUAGAAAAAGAUGCAUUUCAAGAAUAUAUGAAAACUAUUGAUAAUUCUAAUGAAAUGAAAACUGUUGCACUUAAUAAAAUACUUUAAUUUUUAGAAUCUCUUCCAGUCUUUUAAAUGUUCAAUAAAGAUUUAUUAGUAUAAUUAUGUACAAAAUGUUCAUUACAAACAUAUCCUUCUUAAUAGAUUCUAUUGAAAUAAGGAGUUGAACCAACACAGAUGUACAUAAUUAAAAGUGGUAGGGUUAAAGCAAUCAAAAAAAUUAAAUGGAAUUUAGAAGAUUAUCCAUCUUCAUUAAUAAGAGGUUAAGCUACUAGUAGCAAUGAUUUAUUUAAUCAAGAUGUCUAUUUUGAAAUUGAUGAAUUAGGAGACGGGGAAAUCUUUGGUGAUUUUGCAUUAUUAAAUGAAGAAGAAUCAUAAUGUUCAUAUAUUACUUCGAUACCUUCUGAGAUAAUUUCGAUUAGUUCAUUUAACUUAAAAAUGAUUGUACCAUAAGAUAGAUUAGAAGCAUAUUAAAAAUAAAUUAAACAAUAUCCUGAUGAUGAUGAUCUUAAACUAUUAUAUGAAGAGAAAAGAAAUUGGAAUAAAUAUAAGAGAAAAUUAAUUAAAAAUAUUUAAGUUGAUAAACAAAAUAAAAAAGGGUUUGAUAAUCGAUUAAGACUUCCAGAAUUAAAAAGUAAAUAAGCUUCACCUCCAAUUAAUAUUAUUGACAUAAAAACAAGUGAUAAUAGAACAUACUUUAAAUAUUUGGAAUCAAAAAUAUCUCCAAUGGCAGAAUGUAAAAAAAAAGUAUAAUCUUUAACUCAGGUAGGAUUGAGUAUGCAAGGAUUAGUAAAAUAAUUAGAAUAGAAUACGAAUUAAUUAAGUAUAGCAAAUACUUUUUAGAGAAAAUUAAAGAAACUCAACAUAAACAGAUCUUAAUGA